AUGGAAAGUGGUAUUCGAUUUCGUGAGAUUCGCGAGUACAAACCAACCACCCAAGGGGAGACUAUCAACGCUACCAGUUCGGGGGAUUCUGAACCCACGGCAGUUCUACCCAGGGAUGAUGAUGAGGAAGAACCGGCAGAUGAUCUGAGACCGGAUUUGGAUGCGGCGAACAAAUUAAACCAAGGCACAGCUCAUGUGCCCGCGUUCAUCAAAGCAAUAACGAGUAGUUUACCACCGAAAUGGGUCAACUGGACCGUACGAUUUUUCACCACCAUAUUCCUAAUCAGUACAUUCAGUCUGCUUGUCUAUCUUGGACCACUGGCAUUGGCACUUCUCGUCGGUUGUAUGUCAUGGAUUACUCCCGACUGGGCUGGUUGCGCGGAACAAGCUUGUCAGAUUAAUCCGGAUCUGUUCUAG